AUCAUACCAACGUAACCAUAACAACGCAGACGCAUGGGUUAAAAAUAUCUCCCAUAAGCAACUCACUGAUCAACAGAAACAAGUAUUAGCCAAAGGAUUGAAUUACAACGCAGCUGACGCGAAGAAACUAGAUUUUAUCGCCGACCUCGAAUCAGCUUUGAAGCAGGCGGUGUGCGAACUACGGCCGCAAUGCAUUUUGGCGUUUUCGCGCCAUGUAAAUUUCCUGAUGUCAUUUGCAUUUUGACUGCGGUCGUAUGCACAUCUCUGCUGUAAAAUAAUUAAUGAUUAUUUGGGAAUAUAUUAAUACUUAAAUGGGGAUAAACUGUCUUUUGCCAUUCGUUAAAUACUCUACAAACGUACGUGAAUAUAAAUAGAUUUUCUGGGCAAACUAUUGCGGUAGAUGCAUCGUGUUGGAUACAUAAAUCGCUGGCAAUUUCUGUAUCACAAACAGGAACUAGAGAAAGGUGAGAAGCUUGAUAACAGUAUAUUCCUAUUUUUACUAAAAUAAAAAAACUGUUAUAUAAACUAUAAUUAUUUUCGUAAAGGUUUUCCCGAAUAUUCAACAGCCACAUACAACCACUGAAGGAUGCUGGGGUGAUCCCUUUGAUGGUCUUCGAUGGCUUGGCAUUGCCAGCGAAAGAAAAGGAAAAUGCUCGUCGACAAAGGUUUAUAUAUUUCAAAAUCUUCGAUUUCCAACGCUUGCAUUCAUGCUUUGACCAGACUUGACAGAGCUUCGUCAUUGUAUUUGCUAUUUAUUAAAUUAUAAUUUGUUCUUCUAUUAUUACAAACAGUGAAAGACGAGAGAGAAUGGAGAAAGCGCAAACAAAAAAUAUUAGUACGACACAAAGAAAUAAACUCGCAAGUCAGGGUCAGGAAAAAACAUACCAUGAUGUUGUAGAAUGUAUAAAGGUAUUGUUUGAUGUUUAUACUACUAUAGCUUCCAACUCAGCUAAAGUAGACUGCAGCUACCUUUCCUUUAUGUUUUAGCUAUGUUUGUGCCAGAGGGUCAAGUAUGUUGUAUCUCCUUACGAAUCAGAUGCCCAAAUUGCCUUUCUCCUCAAGAAUGGGUAUGCUGAUGUUGCUGUGACAGAGGAUUCAGACCUCUUGGUUUAUGGCUGUGAAAAGGUAAGUUUCUAUGGAUAGUUUUUUCUCUAACUAUAGUAUUUGUCUGUAUUCAGAAGAACUUUUAAAUAUCAAAUAAUCCCUUCUUUCUAGUUGGCCCUUUUUUGUAGAGUUGAAAGCCCACACCCCACCCCCCCACAACUACUACCAUCGCUGUGUUGUCCUAAAACUCAAAACUGAUCAUAAAUUUACUCUCGCUAAGGCCUUUUCUUCCAUAUAUGCUCCCAUUUAAGUGUGCCUGAAUAAGCUACAUGCAUAAGAUGAUAAGAGCUAGUUGUAAGCCCCAUUGUUUCCUGCUGACCAAGUUCCAGGCUAGAGACUUGUGGCCCAAGUUUUAUACCAAAAGCAACAUUGAGUGUAUUUCAUAUCUUUUAAGGUUAUUUUUAAGCUUGGAAUGACUGGUCAUGGAGAGUACUUCGAGUUGAAUAACAUUCUAGCUUUUUGGGCUAAAUACAACAAACACAGAAUUUGUGCAUGGUUCCAUUGCAGCUGGGUGUGAUUAUCUAAGUAAUGUUAGAGGAGUAGGUAUCCACAGGGCAUUUUCCUUUGUAAAAUCUGGGAAACUGUUCGAGGAACUGAAGAAAAAACACUCACCUGCGAAUUAUGAAGAUCUCUUUCAAAUGGCACUGGCAGUCUUCCAGCACCAGUCAGUAUUUAACUCAACAUUGUUGACUGUCCAGCCAUUGAACCCAUGGACUGAGGAUCCAGGAGAUGAAGUUAAAUAUUUUUGUGGACUGUAUCCAUUUUAA